AUGCCUCUCAUUGAACCAGAGGCGCCAGCUCCGGCGGCCGACACUCCAAUCGAGGAGCUCACAAGGCUGCCUUUCCCUCCAGUCACUUACUCCCACAUCUUAAACUGCUCUUAUCAUCAAUGGCAACCUCGCUACCGCACCCUCGUCCCUAAAUCCCGCGCCAUCCGCCUCAGCGCCCCCUUCGUUUCCUACCUGCGCGCCGACGGUAUCGUCUUGCCGCCAGAAGCUGCCCCGCCGACGGACGACGACGACAACGACGACACAUUCUCCGAUGAUGGGGCCGACGAAGAACCCGAUCCGUCUCUCGAGUGGCCCGAAAUCCACGCCCAGAUCAAGUCCACAAUUACCGAAUAUGGAGGCAAGGUGACGCCCAAGCUGAACUGGAGCGCACCUAAAGAUGCGACCUGGAUGUCCGCGACCAACGACACACAAUGUCGCACAGCCAACGACAUCUACCUCCUCCUCAAAAGUAGUGACUUUAUCAUUCACGACCUUGAACACCCCUUCGAUGACUGCGUUCCCGAUACCACCGAGUCCUCUUCCUCCGCACCACCUGAAAUUCCCUACUACCUCGUUCUCCGCAAAUACGUCAACUUCAACCCGUCGCUCGAGUUCCGGUGCUUUGUGCGCAACAAAGUCCUUCUGUGUAUCUGUCAGCGUGAUCAGAACCAUUUCGAUUUCCUCUUCCCCAUGCGGGAUUCCCUGCGAUCUCGGAUCCAAUCGUUCUUCGACGAUAAGCUGAGGGAUACGUUCCCGGAUCCCAACUUUGUGUUUGAUGUCUAUAUCCCGCCUCCGCAUGAGAGGGUAUGGCUUAUUGAUAUAAAUCCGUGGGCCGAGCGGACCGACUCGCUUUUGUUCAGUUGGCUGGAGAUAUUGCGGAUGAAGGAUCCCGUGGGUAUUCAGGAGGAAGAGGUGCAGUUUGUGCGGCUUUCGCUCAAUGGACACGAUGGUGAGACUGCGGAUGCAGAGCUGGAUGAGGAGUCUGAAACCGAAUCUGAGUCCGAGUCCGAGCCCACCAACGAGAAUGACGCUCCCUUGUUCCCGGAAUUCCGUCUCAUCAAGCGCGAUGACCCCGAGGCAUAUGCGUUCACGACACCGCAGUACUCGGCCCAUAAGCUACCGAAGGAAGUGGUCGAAGCUUCUAUGACCGGACCCGGUGGUAUGAGUGAAUUCCUGGGACAGUGGCAGGAUAUUCUUGCCAAGCAGGCGCAGGAGUCCGACUCCGAGACCGAAGGCCAAUAA